AUGACGACUGCCCAGCUUCAAGAUAAUACGGAUCAACACCAAACGGCGACUACACAGGCAGAUGAGGAACGGGAAUAUGUAUCAAAGGUCGGCUGGCGGGUGCUGUUCAGCUUCACGACUAAACGCCAUGUACCCGUAAUCCUCGGUGGCUUUGUGUCGACUGCUGUCGCUGCCCUCACGAUGCCUGUCUUUGCAAUUGUCUACGGGCUCAUUUUCGGAACUUUCACAUUGUACGGCGGUGGAGCAAUCGACAAGAAUACGCUCAUAAGCAACAUGACAAAAUACUGUGUUAUACUUGCUGGAACCACAGUUCUCAACUGGAUCGCAAACAGUACUCACUAUUUCUGUUGCCUCACCUUUGGUGAGAUGCAGGCGCGGAGCGCUCACAACAAAAUCUUCGAUGCGCUCAUCAAAAAGGACAUGGCAUGGUUUGACACGCGCGAGACUGGAAUUGCAGCGUUUCUGCCAACAGUUCAAGCCCACAUCCGCGACCUGCAGCUUUCCGUAUCCUCACCACUUGGUGAAACAGCGCAGGGGAUCAUACAGUGUCUCUCGGCUCUGGGAGUUGCUUUCUACUUUUCCUGGAAACUAACCCUGGUCGUCUUGAGCAGCCUUCCGCUGCUAUACCUUGCUUUGGCACUAGUUGCGAACCGACAAGCACUUCGAGCACAGGAACAAUCUGAAAUACUUCAAUCUGCGCUGAAGUAUCUAACGACUGCGAUAACCAGUAUCGAGACGGUCAAGUGUUUCAACGGCGAACGCCAUGAGCUCAAUAACUUCAAGAGAAUCACAGGCCUCGCAGCAAGCCUAUACAAAUGGGUUGCAAAUUUUCGCUCCAUGCAGAUUGGCCUGGUUCAGUUUUUUACUUUUAGCAUGUUUGUCCAAGGCUUUUGGUAUGGCAAGCACCUCAUUGAUUCUGGAGAGAACCGCGCUGCGGACAUUUUGACCACGUUUUGGGCUGUUCUCAUGGCCAUUUCGUCUAUGACACAGCUGAUGCCCCAAAUGGUCGUGUUGCAAAAGGGAAAGGCGGCAGGCGCAAGCCUUAAUAUGCUCAUGAAGAGCAUCUCAAGUCACGAUCAGCUUGAGUCAAGCGGUCAAACUAAGCCUGCAAGAUGUGUCGGAAACAUUGAAUUCAGAAAGGUCACCUUUUCUUACCCUUCUCGAGCAGAAGAAGUCGCCAUUCGGGAUGCAUCGCUAUCCAUACCCGCUGGAGAGACGACAUUUAUCAUUGGCAAAAGCGGUUCCGGCAAAAGCACGUUAAGCCAACUUCUGGUGCGCUUUUACCAACCCUCUUCUGGCCAGAUAUUCCUUGAUGGUACUCCACUCGAGGAUGUGGAUGUUCACUGGCUACGACGGAACGUCACACUUGUCGAACAACACAGCGUCAUGUUCAACGACACCAUUUACGGCAACAUUGCGCUUGGCAAACCAGACGAGAUGCUGUAUAUGCAAGACAUUCAUGACGCCGUCAAGUUUGCAAUGCUGGAAAAGGUCGUAGGAGGGCUUCCUGACGGACUUGGUACAGAACUUGGCAUCAAGGGCGGUUCAAUGAGCGGUGGUCAGAAGCAACGCUUGGCGUUGGCACGAGCCAAAAUCAGGGAUUCACCAGUAUUGGUUUUGGACGAGUCUACCAGUGCACUCGACUAUGUCACGAGAGCAGCAGUAUACGAAGCGCUGAGAGAAUGGCGCAAGGGGAAGACCACAAUCAUCAUUACUCAUGAUAUCUCGCAGAUCAGGGCUGACGACUUUCUUUACUUGUUGGACGACACUCGAGUAGUUCAAGAGGGAUACAAAAAGGAGCUUGAGGCUGAAGGAGGCGCAUUCCUGGCAUUCCUUGAGUCUUACGAGGAGGCAGAGGAGGGCACUAGUGAUGCGGAUGCCCCCGAAUACUCAGAAGACGACGUUGACGACAGCUUACCAGUGAAUACUGGGACACUGGCUGCCCAAAGGUCUCCCAUGCCUCGCCCGAUAUCUGCUAUCCUUUUCGGACAAUCUGUAUCGGAGCCGGUCUCAAUCAGGAAUCGCGAGAGCAAGGCGAUCGAUGUAGCAACAGACCCGACACCAGCACAGAGAGCGUCUGACUAUGAACAUCGGGAACUUCGACCAGAAACUCUAUAUUCAUAUGUCGAGGGACAAGAUCCCCUCCAAGUACCUCAGAACGGGCAACCCCCAGUCCCAGACGCAUUCUUGUUAAAGGAACUUGGAAUGAGACCUGAUUCUCUCACAUCGCGAAAGCUGUCGUGGUAUGGAUCAAACAAGCGGCCAGUUUCCCUAUCAAAAGACUUUGGUUCGCGGACAGAAUCUAUGCUGUCACUGCAACCCACAUCGCCCAUCAGCCUGUAUCCGCAGCCACUUGCAGUACCCGACUCGCUCCCCGAGCGACCAAAGACCCUCAAGAAAUCACAGAUAGGUCGCAAAGUGCUUUCUAGAGUCAAAGCCAUGCGCCACAAAAAUGAAGCGGACAAACUUGGCACCUCGACCGAAUCACUGCCUCUAAAAGACAUCCUCAUGUCAGUAUGGCCGGCGAUUGGCUGGUCCUCGCACAUGAUGAUUCUAGGUGUUUUAUUCUUCACCAUGGUGCACUCUGCAUGCACCCCCGUUUUCGCCUGGGCUUUCGCGCGGCUACAGAGUACAUACCAACGGUCGUCUGAGCAGAACGACGAAGCACGCAACUACUCCUUAGUAAUUCUCGGCGUGGCCAUUGCAGACGGGCUCUCCAUGUAUCUCAUGUUCUUCCUCUCGGACGCAGUCGCCCAAGCAUGGAGUCUCUCACUCAAAACCGAAGCUAUGCGCCGCAUCCUGGUGCAGCCCCGCGAGUUCUUCGACAAAGAGGAAAACAGCACGUCGCGGCUCGCGGAAACGCUGGACCAUUUUGCGGAGGAAGCGCGCAAUCUGCCGGGGCGCUUUGCGUGUAUCUUUUUGGCGAUUUUCCUCAUGGUGACAAUCUCCAUCUUGUGGAGCAUGGUGAUAUCAUGGAAGCUGGCGCUUGUAGCGCUCGCAAUGGGCCCUGUUCUCUUUGCAAUCACCAGAUGCAACGACAUGAUUAGCAACCACUGGGAGCGGGUCGCGAGCAAUGCCGACGACAAGAUCAGCGAGAUCCUGCACGAGACGUUUGUCAAUAUCAGGACGGUCCGGUGUCUGGGGCUGGAGAACCAUUUCCGCAGGAAACACCAAGCUGCGACGACCGAGGCAGUCAAAGUCGGUGUCAAACGCGCCGCCUACUGCGGUUCCAUUUAUGGACUUGCCUUUGCUGGCGUCAUUUUCGUUGCUACUCUGCUGUACUGGUAUGGCAGCGUGCUCAUGGCGAACGACGAGCACACUGCAAGCACAAUCAUAGAGUGCUUUCUCAUCCUCAUGUUGAGCGUGAACCACGUCUGCUCCAUGGCCCAGUACAUCACUCAAGUCAACAUUUCACGCGACGCUGGCACACGGCUGCUGCGCCUGGCCCGGCUCCCGAUCGACUCCCACGAACUGACGGGCACAACCAAGAUCGAGUCUGCGGGAGAUAUCAGCCUUGAAAAGGUAAACUUCACAUAUCCCACCCGCAAAGACGUCCAGGUCCUGCACGACAUGAGUUUCAGCAUCCCACGCGGCUCCUGCACCGCCAUAGUCGGAUCCUCUGGGUCCGGAAAAUCCACAAUUGCCUCUCUCCUACUCAAACUCUACCCAGCGGAUGACACCACGUCGUCUGGCCAGUCCGUAGGCGGAAUAAGCAUAUCCAGCCACGACAUCAAGACGCUGGACACGGGUACUCUCCGCUCACACAUCGCCAUCGUCUCACAAACACCCGUCCUCUUCCCAGGCACUAUCGCCGAAAACAUCACAUACGGGCUCUCGCCCUCGCACCCGGAAACCAGCAGCGCGAGCGUGCGCGCCGCAGCGCAAGCCGCGGGCCUCGCCGACUUCAUCGACAGCCUGCCGCACGGGUACACGACGCUGGUGGGCGACGGCGGAACGGGGCUGUCAGGCGGACAAGCGCAGCGGCUGUGUAUUGCACGGGCACUCGUGCGGAAUCCCGAUAUCCUGGUUUUAGACGAGGCGACCAGCGCGCUGGAUGUUGCGUCUGCGGGUAUCAUUCGCGAGACGAUUCUGCGGCUUGUACGACGCGGCCGUGCUGCUUUAGAUCCUACUCCUCUUUCUGCUUCUUCGCAUACAGCGUCUGGUCCAAACAGCGCGGCUGGAGACAAGCAGGACGAUGCUGCGGGCUGUGUGACUGAGGAACUCGAACAUGCGGGAGUCCCCGUUUCAAAUGAGAACAGCACCACGUCGGUCGCUUCUCCACAUGGAAAAGACAAGGUACCAAGCAAACAGAUGACUGUCGUUAUCAUCACGCAUGCGAGAGAAAUGAUGGCGAUUGCGGAGCACAUCGUGAUGCUGGACCAAGGGCGAGUCGUGGAGCAAGGCAGUUUCAGUGAGUUGAAGAGGAGGCGCGGUGGGGCUUUUGGGAGGCUCUUGAGAGGAGAGACUGCGUAG